CAGUCUCACCCAUCUCUCCCACUCUCGAUCUCCGCCAAUUACUCAAGAAAAUGGCACUUUUCCUUCGUUCAAAGCUCCUUCAUCAUCUGCAGCCAUUCGUGCUUCUUGUUUUCUUCAGUUUCGGAGCCUCUAGAUUGCAUGCAAGUCCUCCUCCUCUAACGUUGGAUUACUAUGCAUCUACUUGUCCAACUGUGCUCGAAACUGUCAGGAAAGAAUUAGAAUGUGAAGUCCAAUCUGAUCCACGUAAUGCGGCCUUGAUCCUUCGAUUACAUUUCCACGACUGUUUCGUUCAGGGAUGCGAUGGAUCAAUUUUGCUGGAUGACACAAUUACGUUAGAGGGGGAGAAGAAAGCUUCCGCCAACCAAAACUCUUUAAAAGGUUUCAAAAUUGUUGAUAGGAUAAAGAACGAGCUCGAAUCAGAAUGCCCCGGGAUUGUAUCUUGUGCAGAUAUUCUCACCAUUGCUGCAAGGGAUGCUGUCAUUCUGGUUGGUGGACCUUAUUGGGAUGUUCCUCUUGGAAGAAAGGAUUCUACAACUGCAAGCCGUGCACUGUCGGACUCGAAUCUUCCUACACCAGAUGAAAACCUGCUCUCUGUCAUUUCCAAGUUUCUUUAUCAAGGCCUCUCAGUCACAGACAUGGUGGCUCUGGCAGGGGCACACACUAUAGGCAUGGCACGCUGUUCGAGUUUCCGAUCAAGGAUUUAUGGAGACUUUGCAGCAACUUCAGGGCAUGAUCCUGUCUCUGAGUCACACCUCAACAGCUUGAAAUCCAUUUGCCCGUCUACGGGGGCAGACAAUAACAUAUCAGCCAUGGACUAUGAAACUCCUAAUCUUUUUGACAAUUCCUUCUACCAGAUACUGUUGAAAGGAGAGGGAUUGCUCAAUUCUGACCAAGCAAUGUAUUCGAGUGUGUUUGGGGUUGAAACAAAGGAGCUCGUGCGAAAAUAUGCAGCAGAUCCGAUUGCUUUCUUCCAGCAGUUCUCUGAUUCGAUGGUGAAAAUGGGAAAUAUUACAAACCCAGAUAGCUUUAUCACCGGAGAAGUUAGGAGAAAUUGCAGAUUUGUCAACACUUGAGCUACCUACAACCCCACAUUGCAUAAAAAGCUGGGAUAUAUAAAAUAAACAUAUAUAAAUAUAUGUUAUACUAUAGAAAUUGUUGUCUGUUUAUUUUGUUUAUUAAAUAUAAUAUGUAUUUCUCCUA